CGAGGAACUUUUCCCUCUGAGUUUGCUCUGAAGCGACAGGGGACGUGGGAUGCAUGGGAUGGGAUGAGGUGAAGGACAGCGGACAAAGAUGUGAAGAGAGUGGGAGCGGGGAUCUAGAAGAAUAUAAUUUCCUGCUUACAAUAAGGAAAACAUGGCGAAUUCAAGUUCUCCGCAUGCGGAUCCUCAAAUGACCUCAGCUCACCGGUCUGAGAUCCUGGAAAACCCACUCCGGACCUAUCUCCUGGGAAUCAUCAUCUCUAUAUGUGGGAAUGUCCUCAUCAGCAUUUCACUCAACAUACAGAAAUAUGCCCACGUUCGCCAGUCUCAGCGUGGCUCCAAGCCCUAUUACACCUCCGUGAUGUGGUGGUUCGGUGUGGUUCUCAUGGGUAUUGGGGAACUGGGGAACUUUGCUGCCUAUGGCUUUGCCCCAGCAUCGCUCAUAGCCCCGCUGGGCUGUGUGUCUGUCAUAGCCAGUGCCAUCAUAUCUGUGGUUUUCCUGAAGGAGACGGUGCGGGCCUCUGACAUCGUUGGUGGCACCCUGGCAAUAACAGGAACAUAUCUCCUGGUGACCUUUGCCCCCCACACUUCCACACACAUCACAGCCCAUCUGGUCCAGUACUAUGCCAUCAGCUGGCACUUCCUGCUCUACCUUUUUAUAGAGGUCAUCGUCUUUUGCAUCCUGCUCUAUCUGUACAAGAGGAAGAAAGUGAAGCACAUUGUCAUUGUGAUGCUGCUGGUGGCCCUGCUCGCCUCUCUGACAGUCAUCUCAGUCAAAGCUGUGUCAGGGAUGAUCACAGAGUCGAUAAAAGGCCAGCUGCAGCUCAUCUACCCCAUUUUCUACGUAAUGCUUGUCGUCAUGGUUGCCUCCUGUGCCUUCCAGAUCAAAUUUCUCAAUCAGGCAAUGAAAAUGUUUGAUGCCACAGAGGUGGUUCCUAUCAACUUUGUGUUUUUCACCGCAAGUGCCAUUGUUGCAGGGAUAGUAUUUUACCAGGAAUUCGAAGGCUUGGCUUUACUGAACAUUUUUAUGUUCCUUUUUGGUUGUCUUCUGUCUUUCCUUGGAGUUUUCCUGAUAGCCCGAAACAGGCCAAAGAUAAAGCAACAGGAUCGCAACUUUAUUGCAAUGGACAGGAUCCCUGGGAGAAGGCACACAGACAAAGUGCAGCCUGAGGCAAAGACUUCGACAUACGGAUCGCUGGCAGCCAAACUCAUGUGCAACAGAGCUGGCCAAACAGACGAUUCAUAGGACCAGCUCCAUCUGUCGGGACUGUAAUUUUGGUAGAUUUGUAUGUGUGUGUGUGCAUGCCUCUUCCUGGGUGCUUCAAUAAUAUCUCUAUUUAUAGAAAUAAAUGGUAGGCAGCAAGUCAAACUAGUGCCAGCUGAGCGCCAGUAUCCGUGGCCAUAUUGGUGUUAAAUUUAUAUGCCAAAAAGUACCUCGCUCAAAAAAGAACUCUUAUUUAUCCAAGAGAAUUUUCUGUUUCUCUUGUGUUUACAGAAUUUCCCGCAGGGUAAUCAGUAAAACCUGAGACAAAAGACUGACUCUAAAUUAGAUAAAACACAUCAGGAUCAAAGAGCAACAUCAGAUUUAAUAGUAGCAACUUUUAAUUUGAAAGAGGUCUAGGUCUAGCCACUGUGACAAAUUCCUCAUGAUAAAACAUAUGAAUUGUGUUAAUCAGUUGAAUAAAUUCAUCUAUCUGUGAUCAGUUUUCAAUAAACAAGGGCAAA